UGUCCAGAGGGUGUCGUACACGAAGAUUCCUUCAAGGACAUCUACGCCAAGUUCUUCCCUCACGGAAACUCGAGCAUGUACGCCCACUACGUCUUCAAGGCCUUCGAUGUCAACAGCAACGGUGCCAUCAGUUUUAGGGACCUGCUGGUGACGCUGUCGACGCUGCUGCGCGGCUCCAUGUACGAGAAGCUGCGCUGGACGUUCAAGCUGUACGACAUCAACGGCGACGGCUGCAUCACGCGCGCCGAGCUGUCCGAGAUCGUGUCGGCCAUCCACGAGCUGAUGGGGCGGCGCGCGCACCACGUCAGCAGGGUGGAGGACGAGAGAAAGGCGCGCGAGCAGGUCGACAGGGUGUUCAAGAAGCUCGACCUCAACCAGGACGGCGUCAUCACCAUCGAGGAGUUCAUCGAGUCCUGCCUCAAGGACGAGGUGAUCACCAAAUCGCUGCAGGUGCUGGACGCCGGCAGCGGGCUAUGAUGGCCGGCCCGGGCGGCGGCCGCGGCCGGGGG